GAGGUGUACCGGGUAAAGUCGUGGUGUAGAUGACCUCUAUGCUUGUGUAAGGGCACAGUGCUGAUUCGGUUGAUGCUCCUUCUGCGUUUACGCUGCUUUGGGAUUCACGGAAGCAGAUACGCUGAAAGCGCGCUUGGCGUGUAGCAGUAACACUGCAGCUCUUCGACGCAAUGAUAGCUUGUGGGUACUAUGCAUGCUUGGAAACGGUUUGAACCUUUAUUCCUGAGCAUGGAAAUUGAGGCCAAACACAAUUCACAUCCAUGUCAUACAUCCAGAAAAUCCAUUAACUUAAAAAAGAAGGUAAUUUGUAAGCCUCCAGUAGGCUUUCUAGUAGUGUUCUCUUUAUCCUGUCUCUUCAGGACCCAGGUUUGAAAAUCUCCAUAAAGGUUGAAUAAGAUGGCGCACUUGGACCUGGGAGAUGUAGUGCUUCGGCGGAUGAGAGAGGAGGAUAUUGAGGCUGUAAAGGCUCUUAUCAAGCAAGGAUGUGAAGGGAUGGAGAACCGGCUCAUCCUGCACCUCCUUACUAGACCACUGGUGGUCCUCCUGCUCGCCACAGUCUCUUCUGUGCUCCGCUUUGUAGUGCACUCCUUUAUGCUAGCCCUGUUUAUCCCUGUGUUCCUUCUCAUCGUGUACCUCAAGCUCACCAUCCCACGGUCCACGGGCAUCUUGGGCUCCAGCAGACCCUACUGGGACUACUUGGGCAGCAGCUACCAUGCUAGGUCCCAGCCAGACCUACCAAACCCACAUGCUGCCAAAGCCAAGCCCGUCCCUGACCAGGAGAAAGCCAAACGUCGCAAGAAAGCCAAAGAGAAGUAUAAGAACAAAGAGGCAGAGAAAGUUAAGCCUGAAGACAGUGAGAAGGUGGAUGAAGAUGAUCUAAAAGAACGAGCACGUGUUGCAGGGGAAGUGUGGGUCGCAGAGCGCGAUGGCGAGGUGCUUGGCUGUGUUGCCCGAGAUGGUUGGAGCCGGCAUGGUGUGUAUCGUAUCUGUAGGCUGGUAGUGCAGAGCUGGUACCGUAGAGAAGGGCUUGGCAAGCUGCUGGUCCAGAGCCUGGAGUCCAGAGCCAAGCAGAGCGGAGUACGCAGGGUCUAUGCUCAUGUGCCCUUCCCUUCCAAAGUAGGAGAGGCGUUCUUCAGAAAACUGGGCUACCGGCUCCAGGGAGAGACUUCUGGGGUGGAAGGUGAAGAGGAGGAGGAUUACGAGGAGCCAGGAAAAAGCUGGUUGGGCUUUCCAGUGACAAAGGUGUUCGUUAAAGACUUAUGGGUGUAAAUGGGCACAUUUUUUGUAACUACAGCUUUGCUUGUAAUCAUUAAAUAGUUACAUAAUUUGUGACAUUACUGAUUUUCAAAAUUCGGUAACAUCACUACAGUGAGUGAAAACCCACAACAACUGAAUUUAAAAUUACAUUUAUUUAUAUUGUUUAUUUAUUGUGUGGUGUUUUUUCUUCCUCUUUGCUUAUUUUUUUUCUCUCUAAUAAAUGUAUUUGUAAAAUUUC